AUGAAUAUAAUCUAUCCUAGUUAGAGGAACUAACAUGAAUUGUCAAUCAUCGAUACUGAUACUAGUGAUAAAGAGGAUAACACUUUUGAGAUUGAGUAAAAUAAUUUUUUAAAUAUUUUCAGUGUAAAGCCUUCUAAAAAACACUUCGUAACAAUUCAAGAAAAAAAAUAAUAUAUAGAAGAGUAUACUAAGAAGAAAAAAACUGAACUCUGUAAGAAUUUUGUCAUGACUGGAAAAUGUAAGUAUGGCUUUGAAGUAUUUCUUUAAUUAAAUUUAAGUGUUCAUUUGCUCAUGGUGAUAUUGAAUUAUAGCCUAAAACUCAUUUGCAUUCAAAAUAUAAAACUAAACCAUGCAAAAGAUUCUUCUAAUAAGGAUAUUGUCCCUAUGGAAUAAGAUGUCAAUAUAUUCAUGAUGAAUUAAUAAAUAAAACUGAAUUUGAUGGAUUUCUAUAAAAUUCUUAUAAAGAACUUGGUCUUAAAGCUCCAAUUUCAUCAAGUAAUAUUAUAAAUUAUAUUAUAGAAUAAUUAAAAUCCGAUUUAAGAAACGAUAUUCAAAGAUUUAUUAUAACAAUGAAUAAAAAAAAUAUAGAUUAGGAAUUAUUUGUAUAUAAUAAAUCUAGACUAUCCUUUUUUAAAUAAAUAACAGAUCCUUAAUAUAAUUUCUUGUCAGAUGAUUCUCAAAAAAAAUUGAGGUCUAAGGCAAAUAAUUGUGAUUAUUGA